AUGUUUGUGCGUUGCUAUUCAACACAUGUGUGCGCCUUAGCGUUGAAUGUCGCUAUCAAAAAGCGGUGGAGAUGCACAAAAUUGCUUGUUCUUGACAUAUGUGAGAAGGUGACCACUCUCGAAAUCUCACCGCAAGAUACUUUCGCUAAGCUUGAAGAGUUGAAGACAACUUUUUCGCUUCUGCCGUCUCUCCUUCUUGAUGUACUCGUAUCCGUCGAAGGUGAUGCACAAAAUAGCGAAGUCAAAGAUAAAGCUGUACCAAAAUUUGCUGAAUUCGUUGGUCUGAUCAUUCCUGCUGACAUUCUGAAGAUUGAACUGGAUGUAGCAGAGGCGUCUCUGCCAACAAAUAAGCAACAGCUGGUGCGGUUGAAAACUAGGCUCUACUACAAGCAAGCCAAGUUCAACUUACUGCGCGAAGAAAGUGAAGGAUAUGCGAAGCUGAUAACAGAGCUGAUGGAUGGCGGAGGUGGUAUACCAGCCAAGACUAUGAUGACGAGAGUGUUGUGUCUGAUCGGUCAGUUCAAUCUUGACCCGAAUCGGGUAACAGACAUUGCUUUGGAGUGCUUUGAGUGUUGCGCUUCUCAGAAGGAAUUCUAUAUUGCUCUCCUGAAAGAAAUCAAAGCCAACAAGGAUUAUUUGUGCACCCUUCUUGGUUUCAAGUACACGUUCUAUCAUGCUGCAGGGAAAGAGACACCCUUUUCGUUGUAUGUUGUUACAUCGUCUUUGAUUCAAGAGGACAUAAUCGAUCUGAUGAAAAUAACGGGCUUUAUAACAGAGGGAAUCAAAGAAACACAUCGCGCACGUGCAGCAAAAGCUGGAGAAAGGGCUAGAAAGGCAGAAACAAUCCUUGCGUCAAACAUCCCUCUAGAAGUUUCUCGCAACUCGAAUAUUGAUGCUAUGGAUACUGGGCAGUCCAUUGUUGGGGUUUCUUUUGCCACAGUGGCUGCAAUCCAAGAAGCCGACGAUGCUAAACUUGCUGCUGAGCUCAACGAGGAAGCCGUGCUUUCAACAAAUCAAAAACUUGGACUGGUUUGUGCUCUCAUCGAGGACGGUGCGUGGCCACUGGCAAAAAUACUCAUCGACAGAUUGCCCGAAUACUAUGCAGUACAAGCAAGUGUACGCGAGCUGCUGUAGACUCUGGUUAUGUGCAUAAUGACAUGCAAGUUGGACAGACUGGAAAAAUUAUUGCACCGGAAUUGUAUAACGCUAUUGCUAUCUCUGGUGCUAUACAGCAUUUAGUUGGAAUGAAGGACAGCAAGGUUGAGGAUUAACAAGAAUCCCGAUGGGCCAAUCUUCCAGGUGUCUGAUUUUGGUUUGAAGGCAGAUCUAUUCAAGGC